AUGAGACCUCGUAUUUACCCAGAUACAGAAGAUUUUAUAAAUGCCAAAAUAACAGCUAAACUUGCUAAGAUGGGGGACGAAACGAAUACCAGCACAAUGAAUCAAGGGAGUAACAAGUCCCCCAGAUUUUAUGUCAGCAGUAACAGGUGUAAGGCAUACACUAUUUGUUCCACAAACGUCCAAACUUCAGCAAUGCAUAAUCAAUACAAAAUUCAUGUCCUGUUAGAAUUGUUAGUUGUGGAUUCAAGCAAAGAUCUUGUUUUUUUAUACCUUGUAUCGUUUUUUUUAAAAAAACUUAUGAGUAAACAGUUUGCGUUAUUGUUACUCCCACAUCGUAUCACCCGUCACAUCAUAGUCGCACUGUUUGAUCUACGGCUUGGAGGGCUUAUUGCAAAGAUCAUUAAGUAG